GUGGAUUUCAGCGCUUCGUCAUCGAGUUGGCGUUGCCCCUCUUUACCGAGGCAGAGUCAGAUUCCCUUGAGCUCGUUUGGUCUUUCUCAUCGGAGACGAUCGUGAUGACGACUCCAGGGCUUGAUGCAAGGAACGACCGACAAAUGGCUGAGACGGCAAUCCGCAAAAUACGUGCCAAAGUAUGGUUGGCGCUCCAACAGCUAAGCAAAGCUGUUUUGCGACACGGUCCCCACUUUAAGCAGGCUGCGCUGUUGAAGGCCUAUGAAGACUAUUUUGCACUUUGUCUUCAGCUUGGGCAGACCAAGUUGCCCACGCAGAAGCAGGCCUGUGCGCUUGCAACAGCGUGCAAAUCACUGCCGCGCUCGCUACCGCAACGCCGCAUAUGUGUUGCGUGGACGCAGCAGCUCGAAGCACUUUCGCAGCAAGAUCCGCCUUUCAAAUGCAGCCCUAGCGAUCUGGAGCAAGCGGUUCGGCAACUGGGGAGAAUGUCGUCACAGGACGGCUCCUUUUUGAUCGAAUAUGUCAUAACCUUGUGUGGCAAGCACAUCCAGCCAGAUGCUCACUAG